AUGAGGAACACAGCCAAGUUUCUACUUAAGUUGGUUUUCCUGCUCACUCUGGCCCUCCCAUGGCUAAACCACCACCUCCACAAGGCCAAUGCUUCAAGCAAUGACACCGAUCGAAUCGCCUUGCUCAAGUUCAGGGAAGCCAUGGCCAUGGACCCGUAUGGAGUUUUCGAGUCGUGGAAUCGCUCCAUCCAUGUCUGCAACUGGCUUGGAGUCACAUGCAGCCGGCGACAUCAGAGAGUUACAUCUCUGUUCCUGACCGGGCGAAAGUUGGUUGGACAUCUCUCACCAUACAUUGGCAAUCUCAGCUUCCUUGUGUCCAUCAACCUGGAGAACAACUCUCUUUCUGGAGAAAUUCCAGCAACCAUCGGCAACUUGUUCAGACUCCAAGAGCUUAACUUUGCUAACAACACAAUCACAGGUGGGAUUCCAAGAAGCCUGACCAACUGCACUCAGCUCAGGGCAUUGAACCUCUCCACCAACAACAUUGCGGGCAAAAUCCCAGUCGAUAUCGAUUCGUUGAUGCAGCUUGAGGUGUUCAGGAUCAAUAGCAACAAUAUCACAGGCGAGAUUCCUGCUUCCAUGGGGAAUCUUUCUUUUCUAAACUACUUUGCAGCCAGGUUCAAUAACUUGGAGGGGAACAUUCCAUGUGAACUUGGCAGAUCAAACAGACUGUCCAUCGUUGGCUUGACAUAUAACCUGCUAUCUGGUAUUCUCCCUCCAUCGUUUCUCAAUCUUUCAGCCAUCACCAUCAUGACCAUUUCUUACAACCGCCUUUAUGGGAGUCUGCCUGGUAGCUUCGGCUCCACCCUCCCAAAUCUACAAGUCUUUGCCAAUUCUGGGAACAACUUUUCCGGACCCAUCCCGAGUUCACUCUCCAAUGCCUCCCAACUCUAUGCAGUUUCAUUUUCUUACAACAAUUUUGUUGGGAGUGUCCCCAAUCUUGCAAGAUCACAGGCUCUAUGGGCCCUGGAUGUGCAAGGGAAUAACUUGGGGAACAAUUCAGCAAAUGACCUGGAGUUCUUAACACCUCUAGCCAAUUGCAGUAACCUGGUGAAGUUGUAUGUCCAAAAGAACAAUUUCGGUGGCUCUUUCCCAGAAUCAGCUGCCAAUUUGUCUGCCAAACUUAACCAGUUUUAUGCAGGAGACAAUCAUAUCACUGGUUUGAUUCCUCAAGGAUUGGAGAAUCUUGUCAGCUUAAGUGCCCUGGAUUUGUCAAAUAACCUGUUCACAGGUGAAAUUCCAUCCAAUCUGGGGAUGUUUCCGAAUCUGCAAAUAUUGUACCUGGGUAGAAAUGAACUAUCAGGAACUAUUCCGUCCUCCAUAGGUAACCUCACUCAACUUUUUGAACUAAACAUUUCAUACAACAACCUUACGGGCACCAUUCCUUCCUCUAUUACCAGCAUUACAAGAUUGAAUUCCUUUGAUGCUUCCCAAAAUCGCCUCUCCGGGAAUAUUGCCCCGGAGAUCUUGAGAAUGUCUUCGUUGUCGAAGAUUCUGGAUCUGUCAGGAAACUUGUUAAGUGGUCCCCUACACUCGGAUGUUGGACAGCUGAGAGGCCUAGGCACUAUCAGAAUCUCGGAUAACAAUCUGACUGGAGAAAUCCCAAGGGCCAUUGGGGAUUGCAGGAGCCUGGAGUUUCUGUACUUGCAAGGUAAUUCUUUCCAAGGAAACAUUCCUCCAACUUUGGCAUCUUUGAAAGGCCUACAAAGACUGGACCUUUCACGGAACAACUUGACAGGAGGAAUUCCACCAAGUCUACAGGCUAUUCCUUUCCUGCAAUACUUCAACAUCUCCUUCAAUCCACUGGAAGGUGAGGUCCCAACUCAAGGGGUAUUCGCAAAUGCUAGCGCUGUAUCAUUUUCAGCCAGCAACAAGCUCUGUGGUGGCAUUCCUGAAUUCCAUCUGCCAAAUUGCAGCAAAGCUAAAACAAACAAGGGGAAAAUCUCUUACAAGUUGAAGCUAACCGUCAUCAUAGUUUGUGUACUGGCGGUACUACUUUCUGCCUCAGGGAUUCUGAUAUUAUACAUGAUGCGAAGAUCAAAGAGCAAGAACAAGCCCACUACCGUAUCUGACACACUCAAGCAUCUACUGAAAGUUUCCUACCAGGACCUCUACAAGGCAACUGAAGGGUUCUCAUCUGAAAAUUUGGUUGGAUCAGGCAGCUUUGGUUUUGUUUAUAAGGGAAUUUUGGAUGAGCUGGGAAGAAAAAUAGCCGUUAAAGUCCUAAAUCUCCAACAGAAGGGAGUUUCGAAAAGCUUAUUAGCAGAAUGCAACGUGCUGAGAAAUGUCCAACACCGGAAUCUGGUCAGUGUUCUAACCUACUGCAGCAGCCUGGACUAUAAAGGCCAUGAAUUCAAAGCUCUAGUUUUUGAGUUCAUGCCGAACGGGAGCUUGGAAAGGUGGCUGCAUAAGAAUGUCGACAACAACAGCGGGAGUCAUCAAUAUCACGUCGCCACAUCGUUGAGUCUCAGCCAGAGACUGAACAUUGCAAUCGAUGUAGCACAGCUCUACAUUAUCUCCAUGAUCUAA